CCAAGCCAUAUCCUGAUGUAUUUGACAUCUUGAUUGGCAAGAAACUUGCUUUCAUCAUAUUUGUUUCUAAAUUUAACAUCAAGUAUAAAGUGGAGAACUAUGGAAUUCAUAUGGCUACUUCAGAUCCUAACAUUAUUUCUGCACUAUACACCAAAUUCAAAAUUCAUCAGGACGAUCAAUCCGAAUCAUCCGGUGUUCACCUGUCCGAGAUUCAAUCUGUUCCGUGUGAAGUUUCAAAGGAUGAGGUUUCUUAUACGGGAGACAAUGAAACGUCGGUGUCUAAUGUCAUGAAAAGUAAUCAGAAGUCGCCGUCUUCUAGCGAAGUUAAACGCAAUCUUCAUGAGGUUUAUGAUGUAGACAACACAGUGGGAAGUUCUUCAACCAAACGUCGUGUCAGUGAUGAAAACCAUGAAGUGCAAGAUUCCGACUCUCUCAAACUUCUCAUUCCAAAGAUUGAGAAGUAGCGUGUGUCCUGAUAUUUGUGUGUUUUGGUUUGGUUUUUAAGACAAUUGGUUACU